CCACGCGGAACCCGCGGCUCGCAGCGGUCCCCGCGUCCCGGACCCGCCCGGACGCCAGGCGGGAGCGGCCGCAGCACUGCGCAGCGCCGCCGGGUCCCGGCCCGCUGCACGCACCAUGGGCGCUGCCCACUCGGCGUCGGAGGAGGUGCGGGAGCUCGAGGGCAAGACCGGCUUCUCCUCGGAUCAGAUCGAGCAGCUCCACCGGCGGUUCAAGCAGCUCAGCGGGGACCAGCCCACCAUCCGCAAGGAGAACUUCAACAAUGUUCCUGACCUGGAGCUCAACCCCAUCCGGUCCAAAAUCAUUCGUGCCUUCUUCGACAACAGGAACCUGCGCAGGGGGCCCAGUGGCCUGGCCGAUGAGAUCAACUUCGAGGACUUCCUGACCAUCAUGUCCUACUUCCGGCCCAUCGACACCACACUGGGCGAGGAGCAGGUGGAGCUCCGGAAAGACAAGCUGAGAUUUCUGUUUAACAUGUACGACUCGGACAGCGAUGGCCGCAUCACCUUGGAAGAAUAUCGAAAUGUGGUGGAGGAGCUGCUUUCUGGAAACCCCCACAUCGAGAAGGAGUCGGCCCGCUCCAUCGCUGACGGGGCCAUGAUGGAGGCGGCCAGCGUGUGCGUGGGGCAGAUGGAGCCGGAUCAGGUCUAUGAGGGCAUCACCUUCGAGGACUUCCUGAAGAUCUGGCAGGGGAUUGACAUCGAGACCAAGAUGCACGUGCGCUUCCUCAACAUGGAGACCAUCGCCCUCUGCCACUGACUCCCAAGGCCCGGCGGGGCAGGGGCGCUCGCCAGGACCAGAAUGUUAUCACUCAGACACUCAUCUUGUGUCCCACAGGGUGUGAUGUGUGGGGCCUUGAUAUUUUUAUCUCCAAUAACUAAUAAUAAUGUUUGUUAAUGAA